GAAAGUCUUUCGCCGAUUGGCGACGAUAUUCAGUUAAAGUCUGGUAGAAAAUUGGUGUAAAAUGUCUUUAGCUACAUAUGCGAUAUUUUUGUAAAUGAGUGAACUACCACCCGACGAGGUAUGUACAGUUCCUUAUCCAUGCCUGCGUUUGAUAACUGUAGUCAUAGGUUCAAUUGAGUUUUAGGUUAAUACAAAGAGGUUCAACUCCGACACUCGUUCGCCCAUGAAAAUAUUUUGAACUGUCACGAGUGCCACAACCUUCCAAAACGUGAUUCCAAUUUGUUAAAACUCCACUCCCUGAUUUUCAUUUGUUUGCGUUGUGGUAGAGAGCAACAGUUUUGGGGAAGAAUGUUCCAUGAGCUCUCUCAGUGACUUCGAAAUUAUCACUUCGUGACAGUGAUCUAAUUUCAACCAGUUCUGAUGCUGACUUAAUGAUAGGUCAUAUCAUCUCGGUUUGCUUCUUAACACAAAGAUCUUGAGAACUGCUUUGUUGUUCUUAUCCCAUAUCUUAUAUACUAAUAAAUGCUGUAAUAAUCGCUUCAUAAUGAACAUAGCUCCCAAAAAUACAGAGCGUCUCAGAGGGAGAUGGUUUGCAUCAUGAACUGAGAUGAAAUCUUUGGUAAAAAAUUGGCCAUAACUGGUCUACCAUAAAAACGCAACCCAGCAACUGUAUUUUUAGUGAUUAAUUGAUUCAGCCAGCCGUUUCUUGUCUCCAAAAUGAAAGAAUGGUUUUUUCAUACACUUAAAUUCACAAGUUACUGAAAUCAUGAAUGUUUUUCUUUUUUCCACAUCUCUUGGACUCACCAGUGACUUAACCAAUGUUAUGCUCUACUAGUGUGAACAACUUGCAGACUCUCCUCAAUAGACUGUACACAUUCUCUAUUAAAGGGAUUAUGAGAAUAGAUUCUAGAUCAGGGCCAUGCUGAUGAUCAGUUCUUUUGGUCACACAACCUUUCUUGUGAUCAUAAUGUGUCAGUCUCACAAGGAGAGAUUUGAUAAUGAUCAGUCUUGGAUGUAAGGUUAAGGCUUGUUAACUUCACCAGCAGAAGUUUUCAUUUGGUGACAACUAUUACAAACAAACUAAUAAGGUAGCCAUGGGUACUAAAAUGGGACCUAGCUUUGCCAAUCUUUUCUUAGGUUUUAUCAAACACCAAUUAUUUUAGUCAUUAUACCAUGACCCCAAUAGUCACUACAUUGAGGACUGCAUUGAUGCUACCUCCUCUAACAGAAAGGAGUUCAUUCAAUUUAUAACCGCCGUCAAUUCCUUUCAUUUGGCUCCAAAAUAUACAUCGGAAAUUUCUGACACUUCUUUGGCUUUUCUAGACAUGAAAGUUUCAGUUUAAGGCAAUGGUCCAUGCGCUAGUGUUUACUACAAACCUAUAGAUUCACAUAGUUACUUGUUGUAUUUAUCUUCACAUCCAUCAUGCAUCAAGAAUUUCAUAACUUUUUUUAUCUAGUGACGUCUCUAAUUUUUCUUAAAAAAUCAGAGGCAAUGUGUCAGUUUGGCAAUAAAUGUGGCUAUCCUGUGUCUGUUGUUCAAGCAGGCCACCACCAUGCCCAACAAAUUGAUCAACAGUCAGCACUAUAAACGACUGAUAAGGAAAUUACUGACCACAUUCCAUUCACCCUCACAUUUCACCUUCACAGCCAUGCACUUAAUGAUUUGAUUUCUUCCGAUUUGCUGGUUCCAUUAGAACUCUGAUAUGGACUCUGAAACACUCCCAGUUACAGUUUUCUUGCUUUGUGCGUGUGUUGUUUUAGUCUGAGUACGUUAAGUUUGUCAGACUGACAAAUUCUUGUCACUAAUUUCUUAUUGGCACAGGCAGUUUGUGUGGUUUUUCAAGGUUGUACUUGUUUAACUUCAAGACUUACAUUAAGUUGUUGUCACAGUUAUUGGAAGUCAUUUUAUAUUGAUGACUAGUAUGAGGUGUCUCUCACAUGUCUAAUCCAUCCCAUUGGUAUCAAGUGAGCAGAGUAAAUCAUAUGUUGGUCCAUACAUGUGCUAUAGGGGUGGGAGUAAGCACUCUGGUCCCAUUUACAUGUAUCUAUUUUGGACAGAUGAUUCAAUUCCUUAAGGCCAGAGAUGGCAAAUAUUGUGAGUACACUGAACUUGUGUCACAACUUGAGGUUAUCAAGGUGAUCAGAUAAGCAUCCUGAGUGGUUACUAUGGCUACCCUCUGAAGUGUUGUAUCUGUCAUACUGUGAAAAACAUUUGGAUCUAUGACUUCAGUCUGUUUUAGGAGUUCCUCUCCAUAGUCAUCUUUCUACUUAUUUUCUGAUUUUUCGCUCAUUUGUAAAGGCAUGUAAUUGGUAAGGGCUGCAGUCUUUUCAUGGUCCAAUCUUGUUAUGGCAUUCCUUCUCAAUUUGUAACUAUCUCCUCUCUCUCUAAGUCAUUGUUCAACUUGUGAAAGUCACAGGUCUACUAGCUUCUUUCUCCUAGGUCAUGAGAGGGUAGUAUUAUUGCUCAUAAAUUGUCAUAGUUAGGAAUGUGUGUAAGAUAUGUAAGGUAGUAUUAUUGCUCAUAAAUCAUCAGAGGUCAGAAUGUGUCUACAGUAUUUGAGCUUGUGUUUCUUGAAGACAGCACUCCAAGCUGGCACUGUUUUGGUUUCCAUGGAAGCCAGAAUUUUUUCGUAGUCCUCUAUUCUGUCCUUCUUCACUGUUUUUCUUAUGUCAAACUACUGUAGUUGGCACAAGGAUUUCAGUAAUACAUGUACAGUGUUGUUGGGUAACAGUUAGAUGAUUAAAGUAAUAUCCUUUUUUUCAUAGGUUAGGCGUCGCCGCCUGGCUAGGUUGAACCAAGGUACCAUGUCAUCAUCCCAUCCUCCAUCUGACAGUCACUCUAUUCCUGUAAGGACAAGCUUAAAACCCUUGGCAGAAGGUUCUGCAGUGAGCACUCAGGACAGUGGUUAUGGCUCUUUAUCACAAUCUUUCGAGUUUGAUGAACAAUCACAGGACACUGGUGAUAAAUGUGGCAAACGCACCUCCCCAACUUGUUCUUCUUCUCCUUCAGAAAAUUUUAAAUUCAAAAGGACGAGAGAUGGAUUUGACAAAGAUGACACUUCUCAUGUUAAGGUCAGGCAUUUGACUGUUUUCGUUCAUGACAUACUUUGGAUAUACAGAAGUAGUCUUGUAGUCAUGCUUGUAUUACUGUUAGUGUCAUGAAGACUGACACCUUACACCCAUGUUUAUUCCAUUAAAUUCCUUGACUCAGAGAGACCAAAAUUUCUCCAUUUGCCAUUAUGGUGGAGCUCACAGAGCGUAGCCCCAUAAUUAUACAAAAUAGUAGUAACCCAUCAAGCUGAAAAAAUUUGGAUGUAUGACCAUACAAGGUGCUACUUUUAUCAUGCAUGGUCAACUGUACUGCGGGCAUGCCGAUGCCACAGCUUUGUUCAGUAGUCCAGUGGCCAGUGCACUGGACUCCAAGUUGGACGACCCAGGUUCUAGUCCUAGCUGGGGCAAGGCGUUUUGCCCUUGAGACAUGUGGGGAAAAAAAAAGCAAGCUCUGCUUUUAGGCUUGGCUAAAUCUAUAUAUUUUUGUGGUUCACCCACAUGUACAUUCUAGGUAAAUCAACUUGUAAAUUCUGCUUGGUAUUACCCAUGUUACAUGGUUACAUGCUAGCACAGUACAUUUAACUAAAAGUUACCAAUGAUUGAAUAUAACUAAUUUUAUUGUUGUUUUAGCUUAAUAUCUGCAUAAAAAGUGAUGUAUGAUAAGUGGUAUUUGAUUUUGAGAAUGAUAUCUCCCUCUUUUUACAGAUGAGUAGUGUGACUGAUGAACAUAUUGUAAAAAGUAUUUGCAGUAUAUUUAAAGUUUCCUUUAAGGUACUUUUUUUCUGCUUAUAGUCCUAAUUAAAGUCUUGUACAUAUAUAUAUAUAACGUAUUUGCUUUCCAUGGAAACUUGUAUGUAUGUAUGUAUGUAUGUAUGUAUGUAUGUAUGUAUGUGUGUUUACCAAUUGCAAGAAGUCCUUCCAUAGACACUAUUGUUACAGUAUUAUUUUAGUCACAAUUAUAUUGUAUUAUUAUUAAUAGUCACUAUUAUAUUGUAUUAUGGUCUCUAUUAUAUCAUUAUUAUAAUAGUGACUAUUAGUGACAGCCCAGUGUUUAUGCUAAAGGUUUUUUCCCCAAGCUUUAGAUUAAAUUUAGGAGAACACACAUGUACGUGUAAUUCUGCUUGUAAACACAUGUAUACUAAGUAAAAUCAAGUUCACUGAAAACAUACAUUUGCUGUGGUACUUAUACUUCAAAAUUGCUCUGCCCUUGACAAUAAUUUAAGUCAUAAAUUGUCGUGUCAAUUAACGUGGUGAAACCAUUCAGGUGCAUCCAUGUGCAAACAUAUGGUCUAUUUUCAGAGCUCAGAGGUUUCCUGUGACACAGUUUACUUACCAACACUAGCUGAGGAUCUUAGUCUAGUGGAUCUAAGCUCAGGUAAACCAUUCUUUGCAUUUACUUACAGUACACCCUUCAUGACAGAUAUAAUGAGUGUUAUUUGUCUCAAAAGCUUACUAUUGACAUGUAGCUAGUAAUUUAACACAUUUAGAAAUGUUCUGUGCUGUUAAAUUUACAUCAAGCUGAUGAAAACUAAUCACUGACUGUACCUUCUGACUAGUCACUUCAUUAGUACAAUAUCCACAUUAGAAAUAAAUUGAAUGAAAUAAAGUUUUUAACCAUCACACAGAGUACUAUUUAAGACUCAAAGAAGUUUAUUUUGAUUUAUUAUUACUCCUAUCAAACUUACUUUAUUAUUCAUUUUGAUUCAUCACAACUAAACAUAAUAAUCAUACUUUUCUCUGUGACAGGAACUGUUUGUAAUGUCAUAAACCAAGUGAUCAUGGAGCGUCUAACCCAGUUUCGUGCACAUCAAGAUGGAAUGAGUGUUAGUCCUACACUUACAAUUGCGCAGGAAACCUCGCAAAUGGCUAUUGAUGAUAACUUAACUGACUGCAGGUCAACUGAAUGUAUCAGUUUAUUAGGGGAGGGCAAAGCCAAUCCUUCACCAUCAAACUGUGUAAAAGAGUCAACCACUGUGUAUCAGUCCAAGCUGCUUAAAUAUUUGGUUAAUAGCUAUAAUCAUUCACUGAAUGAAGAAAAAAACUAUCCCAAGGUAAGAAUGGGUGUUAAAUCUUUUCUGCAUCUGGUAUUAAAUGGAAAAUAACUUUUUCAACAUAUCAGAUUUGUGCUUCAAAUUGAAACUCUGUCUUAGCAAAGUGUAUAGACUCUGGAACAGAAACUAGCAGAACUGUAACAAAAUUCAUGUUAUACUAUGCUCUUUUGUCACUUCAUAAUGCCCAGUUGACACUAAGCAUUUGGCAGUCAUGGCAAUCAGCCAGAUGUUGUGUUUGUUCCUAUUGCCUCUCUAACGUUUAUGACAAUUUUACAAAAGUAAAGGAUCCUUGCACAGUUAGAUCUGUAAGGCAGUACUGGGGGCUAACUCAGCCUUUUUGGAAUGCUUUUACUUUCUCACAUAUUAAAGAUUAUUGUUUUAAGAGCAAUAGUCUGUAAAUAUUGAACCAGGUCAGAUGGGCAGGUUCACAGAUUUGGCUCAGAUUUCAUUUUAACUUGUUUAGGGGUUCUAAUCAUGAAAUGUAUAUUUUGCACGGGGAAUUACCACUCAUAGAGAUGCUAUCCUGGACUAAUGGUGUUUGCAAUUCAUGCUGUAUUUCCUUCAAAUGAUAUUUCUGACACAUCCAUUUGAACCAGGCCAGAUGGGCAGGUUCACUCAUUUGGCUCAGACUUCAUGUUAACUUGUUUAGGGGUUUUAAUCAUGAAAUGGAUAUUUUGCACAGGGAAUUACCACUCAUAGAGAUGCAAUCCUGGACUAAUGGUGUUUGCAAUUCAUGCUGUGUUUCCUUAAGUUGAUAUUUCUGACACAUCCAUCUCAUAAGUAACCAUUCAAUGAUGAAAUAUGAAGCACUUCUUCACCAUUAAUGGAACUCAGGAAAGAGCUCUACAGUAGCUGACCUCUUAUUUUUCAAGAAACUAAAGCUUUCAUAUGUUUUCAUUAUCCUUUUUAUUUUAAAAUUUUUUUAUUAUAUUUCUAAAUUUUGGGACACAUGGCAAACAUUUUUUUUCUUUUUUUUCUUUUUAACACACCCCUUCAUUCCAUGAAAUUUCAGAAAUUCCAUGGCAUUGAGUAAAAUGAAAGAUUUUUGUCAGAUUAUGGAUAGAAUCAUAUAUCACAUUUGAAACAUUCAAGUCUUUCCAACAAAUCUGUAAGGAAAUAUUUUGUUAACGAUAUAAAAUCUCACUGAAUUUAGCCUCUAUUACAACCUUAAAGGCACUCUCUACUGUUAUUAUGUUUUAGCCCUAAGAAUGAGGGGUACUAAUUACAGUAGAAGCUAUUCUUGAUCAAAGCUGACUUCUAAUACCAGCUUGAACAGCUUGUGUAAUGAUUAAUAAAUUUUGAUGACAGAGAUCCCAGGAGGAAAGAUGGAUAACGUUGUUAACUCAGGCUCGUCGCCAGUGUGUGUUGUUUUCGGUGCUUAUUCUUCAAGGAUGUUUUUCUCUGGACAGGUUUGUUUUGCUCUCUCUAAAAAUUUGUUAUAAUCAAGUGUUAUCACUCUGUGUGAUGUAUUUAAUUAUAUUUAUGAUCAUAUUAAUUCAUAUUAAUUCAUUUUGCAAUUCUUGUUAAUGGUAGGUCAGUCCUUCAGAAAUCACCCUUGGUACACUUAUUUAUCAAUGAAGAAUGUGACAUUCCUUUCACUUUCCUCGUUGAACUUGUCACAACAGUAGCAAGUGACUCACAUUUAUGUAUGAAGGUAAAAUAUGCACUACUACUAUUGAUUGUAUGUUUUUCUUUAACAAGUGUUGACACUAGAAAAAGUAUUUAAUAACAGCAGAAUUUCUCAUUACUUAUGACAUGAUAAAUGUAGUAAAGUUUUACAGUACAUUUGAGCUAAGAGGAUUUUAGCACUACAGCUAAUGGUCAAUGUUAGGCAAAAUUUCAGGUAUUGUAUGGCUGGCAAAAAUGCUGAUGGUAUCUUGGGAUUCAGAAAGUUAUACACCUAUUACCAUGCUUCUCAAUCUAUUUUGUUGCAAGAAUCAAUUAUUCCUCAUGAGAAAUGCCACCAGAAAAUCUCUCAAACUUGAGUAUGUGGAUGAAACCAUCCAUACAGAGCGUCUGGUGGGGAUAUUAGUGGGGAAUUAUGGGGAAAAAGGGUUGAUUGUUUAAGGCAUUGUGUGGGAUUGGGCAAUGAAUGUUUUCAUGGGAAUUUUUUUUUUGAUGUGCAAUUGUUUGUCCUACUCAUCAAUUGUUUCAUACAUUUGAAUGUUUCUAUUGAUGCAAAAUUUAGUAGUUAUCAACAUUUGUCAUGAGUCCUGUAGCUUGUUGUUCAUUCCUAAGGUCAGGAGCAGGAACCUAAAGGCACAGCCUAAUUUUCAGUUUCUUUUAUUCAUCAAUAGACAAUUGAAAUUUACUAAAAAUUUCACCAUUGUACAUGUGAAACUCCUUAGUGCAUCAUGGUUGUUUACAUAACUUGUUCUUGUGUUCAGCACUGUGCAGAGCUACUAACUGAAGAAUAGUAUUCUGAGCACAAAUGAGGCUGUUCAGUGAGAGCUUUGCCACAGUUUUUUGAAAAGGAAAUGGUAUCAAAUAACCACAGAGGUUCUAAUGAUAUUGGUUAUGACAAGUAAAAAAUGUCAUGUUGUUUAGAACCCUAUUUAAUUUGAAAUUAUGUUCACAUUGUUUCAAUUGAUAGAAUGACAAUUAAGUGAUUUCAUUAGAAAAUGUAACUUUUGCUAAUAUGAAUCAAACUGAUUUAAUUUCCUGUGCAUAGAUUUUUAAGCCAGUGCUGUUGAGCUUAAAUCAAGAAAUGCAAAAUUGUCAUCUUGCAGCUGAAGGAUUUAAAGCUCCCCUGUUGGUAAGUUGGUGACAUGCAUCAGUUGUUUCAUAAAUUUGGUGGAAGACCAUUUGUAUUCUUUUUGUUGACUGAUGUUUUUGUAGGAUACAUUAAACGAUUGAAAAAUGGCAAUGAAAAUUGAUGGGCAUCAUCCUUUGAACUUGAGUCCUAAUAUAUAAAGGUUGAUGAGGAGUUAGAGAUAAAGAGUGCUGAGAAUCAGCCUUGAUAAGUAUUCUCCCCCCCCUCCCCCUGAUGAAAACUGAACCACAGCUUGCAUGUAAGUAUUUUUCUUGAUUAGUGCAACAGUUUUUCAGACAUAGAGAUCAAUUAUAUUUUCAAGCAGUAUGAACUGUUAAUCUUUGUAACUUUGAUCUAUGUGUAACCUUGGGAAAUAUUUAGAGAUGUCAAGUAUUCCUCUUUGUCCUAGGCACUGUCAAAACUGUGCGAUAUCCGCCUGGGAACAACUUCAGUGAGACCUAUUUGUAACUUGGUAGGUAAAAAACAUAAGGAUAAUUGUAUCUCAAGGUCCAGUGGAUCUAUCAUCAAUGCAACAGUAAUACCAUUUUAAUGUAAUUUUUCCUGAAGACCUCAUCUGCAGGGUCUGUAUUAGAUGUAAUCAACAGAGUUGUGUAAUUUUCAAGUUUGUGGAAGCUUCAUGUGAAUGAUUUAUAUAUGUAUUCAUAAUUGACUGAUUAGUAAUGUCAACAAAAUUUUGUUAAUAUCUGAGUGAAUGGUUGAGAAAAUUCAAAAAGAAAAUGAAUAAUGGUCUCUCACAAUGUAGCUCUACAUUCAUUCACCAUCACUACACUGCUAAUUUUUUUCAUCUCUUUCUUCCUGCUUAUUAUCUGUCAUAAUUUAGUAUAAUUAAGCCUAUGAAAGAGGAAUAAUUGUGAUAUGUACACUGAAUAAGAGACAUUUCAAGGUUGCAAUAAGACCCCUCUACUAUUUUCUUGACAAAUUGAAAAGAUUCUCAGCUACAUGAGUAUGGUGAAUUUCUGUUUAUCUUAUACAAUUCUUUACAUCUUAUAGAUGGUUGCGUUAUCCAACAUGUGGAUCCCAUCACCCUUAUCAAAAGCUGAAGGAAAAGAAAUUGAGAGACUGUCUCUCAUUGGACCAUUUCUCAGUCUGUCAGUAUUUUCUGAAGAAUGUGUAAGUUAUUUGUACAUCUGUUAUUAUAUCAGACAAACUUUACUUGCUAAUUUCCUUCCCUCUAAAAUUUUCUAGAGAAUGUCUAAUAUAUUUAUUCAUUUGUUGAUAUAUCAGAAAAUAAAGGUGCUAGUUCUCUUCACUCCAAAAUUGCUUCUUAAAAUGUAGUGUGUAUUGCUUUGAAUGAAGUGAUUGAACGGUGGUUACUUUGGAUGGAGACUCUGUGACUGUGAAACCCCUAAUUCAGCCAUAGGUCAGCUUUUUAUUCUUGUUCAUCCUCAGCCGCAGAUUGUUGAUCGUUACUUUUCCGAGUCAUCAGAAAAUGUUAAGCUGGUGAAUGUGACUUUGAGAAGUGCCCUUCGCAUUGUUAGGGUAAGCAAUCAAAUACAACCCUCACAGCACAUCUAAUUAAAUUGAUGUUUUUAUCAGAAAUGAAUGGUGACUUCACCUGUUCUUAAUACAAAAUUGAUAGAAACAAACAAAAUGUUUGUUACCUAGUCAACAUGUUGUCUCAAUAGUCUUUGGAAGCAAGCUGUUAUACUUCUCUUUGUUAAUUUUUUACACUCGCUGGUGCAAAAAUGAGAUUGUCUCCAUUGUAUUCCUACUUAUGAUUUUGACUGUAAGAUAAAUUAGAAAUCCAACGAAUUUGGCUUUACUCUCAUUAAGUGCCUAUGCGCGAAAUGUCAGCAUUUAAACUCUUUACGGUGGCCAAUCUACCUCGUCAACUCAGGUGAUAAGACCAAAUUAUCUUGUUAUACCCUCCACUGACGCAACACCACAUUACCUUGGAACAUAAAAUAGUCAAACUUUUAGAAACUGCACUUGCCAGUCACCUGAACGAUUUGUUGAGGAAUUGCUUUAUAAACUGAACACAGUUUUCCUUCUCAAUGGUAAUGAUAACUUUGUGGGUUUUGAAUUAAUGAAUUUUUAUUUCUUUUUUACUGUACAAAUCUGGGAAUGCCCCUACCAGCUUCUCACAUUGCUUGAUCCUUGUGAUAGUCAACAGGAAAAUGAUGAUGGUAAUGGUAACAAAGAUAAUGGUGAUUAUCAUGUGAGUUGAGAGUUACCUUAUAAUGUAAAUGUGCUUACUUCAAACAGACAGAGGUAUUCAAGAUAAUUCAUAGUAUGCUUGUGUCUACGGAGAGUCGGGAUGCUUGUUUACAAUUCAUUGCUUCAGUCUUAGCAAGAAAUUACCGCAAGGCACAGCUACAGGUAAAUUACAUUUUGUCUUCUUCCUGGAAAGAACUGGUACAGUAACUGUAGAUCGGUGUUUAGAUAAGAUUUCUGGGGUUUCAAAGACUUCAGUGCUUCAUAACAUCUGGUCCUGAUAAUUUAAAAAAGUACGCAACUGUAAUUAUCACUUGUAACUAGCCCACCUCCUCAUUAAAAAACCAAACGUUGACAAAUGAUACUCUUUUUAGGUUGAUGAUAGACAAGUUGCUUCCGAUGGAUUUAUGUUAAACUUCAUGACUGUAUUGCAACAACUGUGUGCAAAGGUUAAAAUUGAGAAGGUAACAAGUGUAUGUUGUUCUACACUGACUUAUAUCAAGACUCAAAGUUGUUUUAGUGAAGAGAAAUACAUUUUUAAUGCUUUUUUUUUAAUGAUUUACGAGUGAUCAGCACUUCACGAACUGAAAUAGUAACAACUUCUUUCUUUCUCCUACGAGUUUCUUCUGACAAUAGCAGACUUCAUCAGGGAGUUUUUACAAGAAGGAAAAUAGUCUUGAUUAUAUACACAUAGUAUGCGUUUGGGGGUCACAGGUGUAUCUAUGAUGCCCAAAGGCAUCACGUACUCGUACAUUCAACGUCCGAAAAUGACACGCAUGUGCAAUACCUUUGUGACACUUUGCCGAUACUUUCUGCUUUCUUCAAACUUUGCGUGAACGUCGAAUAUAGACAUGGCUUUUACUAUAUAUAUGACAAUCUUUUGAUCAUAUAUGAUAUGGAGAAACACCACGUCAGGUAAGGAACCUGUUCUACCUUUAAUGAUGUUUCAUAAAUGUUAAGGGAACAAAAGGUCAAUCACGUUGAGUGAAAGAGAUCGCUUUUGAAGUGUCACCUUUAUGAUAAAUGGAAAUUUUUCUAUUAUUGUGUUCAAAGUGUGUUAGCCUGUUGCAGGCGUGCAUAAAGUAAGACGGAACGAGAUAGUAAACGGCGCCAUUGUAGCGACGGAGUUACUUAGGCAGGAGGCUUGGGUCGGCUUGCGUAAAGGAGGGAAGCUUGGGUCGUAAAGAAAUUCUUUACAAGACCCGAACCAAGCCUCCCUCCCUCGUUUACGCAACCCGACCUAAGCCUCCCGCUCUUUCGCUCCGCCGCUACUAUUCCGCCGUUCGCUAUUUCACUCCACUUUACUCACUGAACGCUUGGAACAGGCUCAUGGUGUGUUUAUGUGAAUAAGUCUCGUAAUGAUGAUGGUGAGGAAAUUCAAAUUUGUUUUGAUUUUCUUACAGGUUGAUAGUUUGUAUCUUCAUCAUCCCAAAUCAAGAGUGAACAUCUCACAAGAGUCCAGGUUGAAACUUACUUCACAGCAAGUUAAAGAAUGGAAACAGGAACUAGGUAUUUCUUAGGAGUCUGUGUGAUCAGCUAUGAACCAGAAGAGCGUCAUCGACGCAUACUGGGAAUCUAAGUCAUAUUACACCAAAGAUUAUAAUAUGUGAAAUUAUACCGACGUUCCUUUUAGUUUAAAGGUAACCUUUUUACACAGUUACGAUAUAAAUGUUCUCAAAAAUAUUAAUCUUGUUGCCCGUGAUUGAUGAAGAAGUAGCCAAAACUUUAGCAUUUUUUCAUACAUAAAGAGCUGUUUUCAAAUGAAUGUCAAAAAAAUCCAUGAUUGCCUUAGUUUUGCUCAACUUCGCUCUAUGAUUGGUCUCGAAAAAACUCGUGCCACCUUCCCAUUUAAUCAUAUUAAAAAUUAAAACCAAUCCUGAUUUGGAUACUGGCGUAUUCCCGCCUUUCAUGUGGUUUCCUGCUUUUAAUCGAGGUUCUAAUUGGCGGCUGAUGAUGAUGUCAACCUUUGCUUCAAUUGGCUGUUGUGAAUAUUUUGUUUCGAAACUCAAGUCAAAACUGCAAUAAAGGUUGAAUCAAUAGUUAAAAUCUCUAAUGCAUGCUGUAUUUUAUAUGAGAGAUCAGUCAAAAGCGUUUUCAUUUAUUGCAGAUAGUAAAAAUGCGUGGUUGGAACCAAAAUUUCCCACAGAGUGUUUCUUUAUGGCCAUUCAAGCCCAUCAUUUAGCAAUUUUACCGGCUUGUAGAAGACAUUCUCGACGACAAAAAGCUCACCGGGAGUUAACACGCAUGAUUGAACAUCUGGAAUCCCAUGAAAGCGAGUGGAUAGAUACUCCGAUGGCCUCUAGAAACAAGGGUCUGUUAAAGAAAUGGAGAGAGCAGAUCAAGGUAAACGGGAAACAAAUUCAAGUUGUGAAAAUCAACUGUAGAGCUAGUUUAUAUCUUCAUUUUGUUUAUUGACGCGGUUGAUAAUAUUUCGAGCUCUACAAAUUUCUUUUUUGUCAUAUUUUAACUUCAGAAACUAGAAAAUGGUAAGGCUUGCUCGGAUGUCGUUCUACUUGAUGAUGAACUUCUGCGUGGCUGUUUAAAGUUCUAUGGGUUUUUGGCUACAUGGAUCUUGAGACUAGUGGAUCCUAACAAAAAAGGGUAAUUAUAAAGAGUUAGAAUUUUGGUCAAUUGUUACAUACCUGUUGCUGAUGAAUUUUAAAGGAUAAACGUUAUCUGAUGUUUUCAAAGAUUUUCUGCUACUUUUGCUUCCUCUUACUAAUUACCUGUUUAUUUCGUAUGUUUUGACAUGGUGUUCUGUGUGACAUUUUCAUUACUUUGUCACAUAUUGACUCCUUUUCAUUUUGUUGUUUGGAAAUUUGUUUGUGCAGCUUUGGUAUAUGUCAUUUUUUUGCAGUAUUAAAAAAUCCUCUCUGCCUCCUCGCUCUCCCCGCCUUUCUCAUGAUGACGAUGACGAUCGAAACUUUUGUCCUUUUCAGUAUUGUAUCGUCAUGGUUAAUUUACUCAACUGUCAUAUUUGAUGGGUCGAUAAAUGACUCUUGUCACUGACCGUUCUCACUGAUUCACUUUUCUUAUGGCAAAUGGGUUUGAGACUUGUUUAAAAUCUUGACUGCAUGUAAUUUGUUCUCUGAAGGAUCAGUAUCCCUUUGCCAGAAAAGAUUGCCAUGGAGCUUGCGUCCCUUCCGGACUAUUUUGUCGGUGAUGUGGCUGAGUUUUUGCUCUUUGUCAACAUGUAAGUAUUCAUAUUGAAGCCUGUAUGCAUUUAUAGGUACUGGAAAAGCCUUGCAACAUCAACGCUAUUCAACCUAAAGGAAGCUAGCUUAAGUGAUACACAGCCAGUGGCUAUCCUUAAUUUUUUUUGUCUAAAACUGUGUAGAUAAGCGUUUUGCGUAAAAUGGUUAGGACAGUAAGAGAAUGACUAUAAAUUGCAAAAUUGUUACAAAGAGUCACUGAAACAGAUUGCAGUAUUUAGGGAUUAUAAUUGCACAAUUUACCAGGCAUGUAUCAAAUUUCCACAAGUUAGGAUUUUGUGGGUUUCCGUUUUACGCAGGUUUCUCUGCACAGUUGUACAGAUCGUAUGCAGUACUGCGGACAGUUCCUUUAGUUUGGCGUAAAUUUUUUCGCAAAUCACGUUCCAUAAUCAGUAGAACUAACACUUUUAACAGAUUAACUAAGGAUAGACAGCGGGCGAUAGGAAUUACAGUCGUUUCGCCAGCGUCUUAAAUCUUAAAUCUUUUAUCUUAAUACUCAGUUUUUUUUUGUGAGGUUCAACAAGGACUUUUAAAAACAAUUCAAUUUUAAAGCUUUGACAUACGAAUCGUAGACGAACUGACAUAUUGGACGUAAGCUAACCGACUCUAGACUCAGGCGAAACGACCGAUUACCGGCGAUAGAGCCAGUGCUCCUACUCCGAUUUGUUUGGUCUUCUCAGACACUGUCAGAUUUUUCUCACCAAGCAACCUAAGUUGCAGCCAAUGAUUCUUUCCAUUGAAUGCGAUCGAAUAUGACGGCCUAAGGAUUUGAAAAAAGACAUGAGAGGGUGCCGUCGCAGCAUUAUGUGUACCUUGGUUUUCUUCUCACUCUAACAGUCUUAAAAUCAAUAAUUUUGGAGCUUAAGGUCCUGUGAAAUUGGCAAAGUGAUUUAUUUGUGUUGGGUAUCGAAAAGCCAGUUCUUAGGAAAUCUGUGAAUUCUGUAUUGUUUACCUGUAAGCCAGCUUUGUUUAUUUGUGUUACUUAGCCUUACGUGCUUGAAUGUUGUUCCCAGCUCCCUCUGAACUUCCAUAUGGGAACAGAAUGGGCAUCACUGAAAGUAGAAGUGAAACAUGAAAAGGGUAUCCCUUUCUCCCGAUUGGCCCAAAACGCUAUAAAGUCUGCUGGGUAGCAGAUAUGGCGCUGGAGAGCCAACUUUGUAGCAGCUUAUUGCUUAUUCACCACAAACAUUUUAAUGUACUUUGUUUCUUUUUACAGGCAUGCAUACCACGUGCUGGAGGAUCCUGCCAUGAAUGACAUUGUCACCUUUUUUGUUGUAUUUGUUUGUUCACCAAACUACAUAUCAAAUCCUUAUCUUGUGGCGAAAAUUGUCGAGGUUUGUGAAAAUGACUUGUAACCGAUUACGUGUUCUUUUUCGUGACACGGUUAACCCCUUAUCUUUUACUGCAGGGUUGUUUAGUCUAGUCAAAUUAAAGAAAUGCUCAGUGAAGAGGUUAUUUUGACUCAAGCACCAGAGCCAACUGGUCAGCUGUUAAAACUUUUAUAUUUGCUACCCGUCUGCUAAGAUCUGGUGUCCCCUUCCCCGCACCUCACCUGCGGCGAGUAAACGUUUUUGUUCAGUAAUUUGUAAGACACGUCUAAACGAACUUGACAGCCUUCCAGAAAGUUUUUUCCCGACAAAUUAUAAACCGUGUUGAUAUUCCAUUUAUUCACGAAAAUAAAUCACUCUGUGUUAAAGUUCGUUUUUAUGGAAAAGUGUUCAACUGACAGCAGCCUUUAGUCGAGGCUGUUAGUUUUUUGUUUUUGAACGUUUAAAUUUGGUUGAAGUAAAAGGUAAUGCGGAACAAAAAGCGGAACAUGGCAUGUGUGGGUCGUCGUCACCGGCAGUCAUCACGGGAUAUGAUUGUGUACAUUUUAGAUUGUGGAACUAGAUGCCCAUUCCCUUCCCUUCUCCAUUCCCUUUCGUUUACCAGAGGGGAAUGGAGAAGAAGAUCCCUUAAAGGGUUAGUACUGUGACACAACUUUGCCUCACUCCACAGCUGACUGUAAAGGCAUCUAAUGUUAUCUAUUGGGGCGGACUGUUCUGUAUUUGUCCUCAUGAAAGGAGGUAGCAAUGCUGAGCCACCCUUAGGGACAGCUGAUCUUACUUGCCAACUAGAUCGAGGACCUUUGUCAGAUCAAUGAAAGGGAUGUAAGUUGCAACUAGUCCUGCAGCGAACGUAGUCAGGAGAUCUUAUCCACGGUAGAUCUGCUUUCUAGAACUGCACUGAAGCUCUGGAUAAAUUUACAAAUCGAAGCUUUGCUAGUGUGCCCAGAUGACACGGGCGAAGACCUUGCUGACAUUUUUGAGGAGGGAAAUAUCUCUACAGUUGUUACAAUUGCUACAUUCGCCACAUUCUUGUAUAGGUUCACCAACGUUGGCGUCGCCCAUGUCGUAUGCAACUUGUUCCUUUACUCAGCACAAUCUCUGGAGCUCAUGUAGGGGCUGUAGUAGUGAUGGUUUGCCUCUAUUUAGGAGCACAGGCUGUUUGCCGUCUUUCUCAGAGGUUUCUUUGCAAAUGAGAUGGUCUACAGCUUUUCUUAGCUCUUCUGUUGUAGGCUAGUUAUGUGACUCUUAGAUAAUAGUUAGAGUGAGUAGAGCAUCCAAGGCGGCAUUAGUCACCGCGUUCUGGGUUCCAUAAAGCUUAAAGUGGUGCUCAACCUAGCGUUGGAGUUGCUCGCCUAAAAACUCUUUGAAUUGGCGAAACAUGUUUCUCGCCUUGCUGCACAUGGAGGUUUUAUGUGACAAGGUUGCGUCACCUGUGAUAAAACCUUUUAACAAAAACUGUCCAAAUACUACAAUGCAAGAGUCACGUUUCGCGUCUUUAACCAGCGUUCAUAAUUGUGGAUAUUCAUGUUGCGUUUUGCCAUCAAUAUCUCGUUACUUAUUUGCUUUGGAAAAAACUUCCGUGCUCUAAAAUGGAGCCUGAUCCGCCAUUUUUUUCAAGUCGCUAUAGUCAUGCAAAUAAAGCUGAUUGUUGUCUUUACUUCAGAAGAUCAAAUCCGUGUUAGCUUUUAUGUGAACUUUUUCGGAAAAAUUUUAGCAAUUUCCGCCGAUGAAUAACUUAAGUGAGAACAAAAAAAUUUCCCAAAGCAUCAACCAGGAGCCAAAUACUCUAUUCCCCUAUUUUCUCCUGGGUAGAGCCCAGUAUCAACAUGAGUGUUUUGCACUUCAGGUAUUGUUUGUGAUGAAUCCCAGCAUUCAACCAGCAGCCUCAAAGAUCCAUGAGAUGAUUGUCUCUCAUCCAUUGGCUUUGGACCAUUUAGCCCCAGCACUUAUGAAUUUUUAUACAGGUACAUACUCCUCUGUCACAAAAUAUUUGUCUAUUAUUCGUCCAUUUCUCGGACCUUUUAUGUAUUACAUAACAUUAGCACUGAUUUUUAUCGUUCGAUAGACUUGCUAGUUGUUCAUAGGCGUUUAUUAGCGGCAUUUUCCGUCGGCUGGGAGCGGGAGCUCGCUGGGAGUUGGUCUGUCUCACGCAAUCCCAUUUAUUUUUCCAGUUACAUUUCACAUUUUCGCCCUUGAAGUUAUGAAAAAAUUAUUCAGAUUAAGACAAAGGGGACAAGGUGUCAUCGCUUUCAUAGAGGAGAAGCAAAGUACGAGUUGAGGUCUCGGUGACGUACGGUAAAAGUCUUUAAAGAAAUAGAUGAGAAGAAACUCAACUGGCUCUCUGUGCUCUAUCGGAAAUUAUUGUAAUCACUCUCGAAAACCGUCAAAACAAGGCACAUUCUGACACAACGGCCAAUUCACCAAAAUCACUCAGGUACGGAAACAAAACGUCCGGUUUAUGGUAAAAUACUGAUUAUCUGCAUUUUCUUUUUAAUUGACUUCUCUGUUUGAUUUGCAGAUGUAGAAACGACUGGCAGCUCAAAUGAGUUUUAUGACAAGUUUAGUAUAAGAUAUCACAUUUCCAUAAUCAUGAAAAGUUUAUGGCAAGAUGUGGGCCACAGGGGAGCCAUCAUGAAGCAAAGCAGGUGAACCUAAAACUAUAAUAUUGUGUCUCGUUGAACGUCUUAAUCAUUGCGAAAAGUCUUUGGCGACUGUUAAACAAAAGCAAUGCUUAUACUGUCCCUCAAACAAACCACGAUGGCCACGGACACGAGGUCGUACCAAAACAAAACGUCUUAUAGGAAUGUGCGACAGCUCGGCCUAUUUUUUGACACUUUCAAGAUCUUCUUUUUGGAGAUUUCCAACCUAACAGCAUUAAGUUUAGGCUAGGCAGAGCCUCAUUAGUAUGUUAAUGUCAGGUUAAGUCGCAUGUUUUGUAUCCAUUUUAGGACGGCUCAGUUUGUUCGCUUUGUAAACAUGUUGAUUAAUGACACAACAUUUCUGCUGGAUGAAUCCUUGGAUUCAUUAAAAAGCAUCAAUGAAACUCAGCAGAUGAUGGCCAAUGUAGCAGACUGGGAGGCAUUACCAAGGGUAAGUCUGUGUGUGUUUGGGGUGUCACAUGAGCACACACGCAACCAAAAAAGCACAAAAACUGAGUUUUGAAUACAAUCGUUAAUGAUUAUCGUUGUCCUGUUACAGUUUUGAUAAUAGCGUAAAUCUUUUGUUUGAAAGGGCGUCGUUAUCCAUGUAGACGAGGUAUGGACACACAAACAAAACAAAAAAACAACUGGCCUUACGUUCAAAAUAGUGUAUGGCACUGUUGUAACAACUGAACUCUCAAUACUUUUGAGACGAGCCCAGACGAGCUAUUUUCGUUUUUUAUUUUGUUUGUUUUUUUUCCCUGUUUUUGAGAAGUCAACAUAAUGAUUGAAAAUAAUCGUAAGGAAAAUGGUGUUCAUUACCCCAGGAAUACAAGCUAAUUUGACUUUGAUCUGUUGACAGGACAUGCGUACCUCUCGUCUUCGACAACUUUCCACUGACGAGCGGCAGUGCCGAUCUUAUCUUACCCUUGCCUCGGAGACAUUAGAUAUGAUGCUUUACCUCUCUAAACAUGUACAGGCGCCUUUUCUUAGGCCGGUAAGUUUCAACAGAUUUUACAUUUGUCUUCUUUUAAGGUUUAAGGAUUGUGGUAUGACGUCGUUUAAGUGGCUGGGGCGUUAGCCAUGUUCUGGCCAUUUGCCUUACCAGGACAACGAUCAUAUUCAGUUGUAUGUAUCCCUCGAGGGAUGCGAUGUGCUUCCGAAUGUAAUAUCUACUGUAUUAAGACGACAGUCGAAUUAGAAUUUCAUUGGCUGGAAUUCGUUCUAUGUUAUAUUUUACUGUCUCAAUUAGUUAGGUGCCAUUGGAACAAACGCGUUGCAUUUUCUGUAAGUUUAUAUUGGAUUUAGAGUUUUGGUCAAUAUCGGCAGUGCGACUGUGAGAGUGUUAUGAAAACCAGGCUAGCGUGCAUGUCCUUGUUUCAAUCACUGAAGGUGUGAAAUCAUACAAAUCUUUGUACCGGUCUUCCAACUUUUCGCUUAUUUUCUUAUUUGCAGGAAUUGAUUGAUCGAAUAGCUGCUAUGUUGAAUUUUAACCUACAACAACUUUGUGGACCGAAGUGCAGGAAUUUAAAGGUAAUAUUUUGUCACUGGAUUGAUCCUGUACCAGAGCAAGUGGGGGCUUUAGCAAACCUGUAUUGGCGGGUUAUAGUUAGAAAUCGGUUUAAGGACAGAUGUUAUAGCAGUUUCAUUCAUUAUUUUACGAUGGCGUCGAUCUUUCUGCAGGUUAAAAACCCAGAAAAAUAUGGAUUUGAACCCAAGACUCUUCUGGAUAGAUUAACACAGAUUUAUGUGAAUCUAGACUCGGAAGAAUUUGCAAAAGCUGUUGCUGGUGACCAGGUAUGAAAAGAAUCAAUAAUUCGUAACGUCUGGAUGUGGUGUUAUUCAAUUUUAUGAACAGUGAUAACGAACUUCCAGUUACACCUAAUUACAAAAACUUUUACUGAAAAAAGCAAAAACAUGGGAAAAGCCAAAUAAGCACAAUUAGCAUAUAUAACUUGAUUACGUUGUGGUUUUUAGGUGGUUUUCAAACAAUUUCCACUGAAAUAUUCCCACAAACUUUCUGAGAUUAUCAGAUGUAUGUUCACAAGUGUCGAGCGAUUCCUAAAAUGAAGUUGGUUUCUAAGUUUGCAAAAUAUCAGCGUUUGGGCGCAUUGUGAAAUAACUAUCUUCUUGACUGUUGUUUAAAUUGCACUCUCAGGUAAGCAUAAGCUCGGAUAAUUCGAUCACUUCAAAAGGAAAUAAUUUUUGAGAAUUUCGUGGCAUUUCAAAACAAGUAUCAAAUACUCAUUGGAUUUGCACGAUCUUUCUGUGGGAAUUUAGUCAAUAUUUCGGACUACUAGGGUGAGCGGAGUGUCGUUAACAUGCAGAACACUAACAAUUUUCGGAAACGUUUGACAUGUCUAGACAAACACCAGAUACUCUAAAAAGCCUGAAAGAACCCAUCGGUGGAAAUUCAGUGGAAAUUGCCCGGCUGCCGGACUUACAAUCACAGGAUAAUUUUAUAAGCGUUUUACUCCUACUUGUUUUUUUCCUUUUUAAGUAUUGCUUUUUGAUUUUUGUUUUUUUCCAUGACUUUAUGGCUAUGAGAUGUGCAUUUAAAUUCGUCAAUUGACAGUUUAAACAUCUGAAAAUUUUUAUGGUACCACACUGAUUUCUGUUGAACUACUUAGUUAGACAGUCCACGUGUUCAAGCCGGCAAUUUAAACCUUUGCGGAUUUCUCUCCUUUUUCAGCGAUCAUAUAGGAGAGAAUUAUUUUUCGACGCCGCGAAACAUCUUCACAAAACCUUGCUGAAGACAGAGGUAAGAACUGGGCGCAUGUAGCGGAAUUUAAAAGGACUGAAUUCUUCAAAUUUGACCUUGCUGCACAAUAUUUGCUUUCGUUUUCUCUUUAUUACACCGUCAACCGUUGAGUAAGUUGGGUUUGCACGAAGAACAGUUUGUACCACCAACAAAGUUAUUAUCAUUACAUCAUUUGUUGUAAAUUUUUUCAGGCAGAGAUUUAUCGGUUUAAAGAAUUUGCCUCAAAGGUAGAAAUCAAAGCUGCAGAAAACGCUGCCCGCAAUGAGGACUAUGAUGAUGCACCGGAUGAGUUUAAAGGUAUUAUCGCAUACCUUGCGAAAGGAUCUUUAUUCAGACCCAAAAAAAUUCUUAUGUUGUGUGGAAAUGAAGUUGAUAACUGAACACAACAUAUCAAACAGAACGCUACUCGAAAGUUGUUAACAGUCUUCUCUACGAUGCCAGUUGCGAUUAAGAUUGAGCUGACUGUUGGAUGACUAAAUCAAGUGACACUUGAGCUACUGCUCUCUUGUUCUAUGUCGGGGCAAGUUACUUUUCAACUUGGUUGUUAUCGGCCUUUGCUUUCAGGACUUCACUCAACUUCAAAUAUCCAGUAUACUUUUGAAUUGGGGUGUUGCUAAAUGUUUGCAGAGAAGCAUGUAAAUGAAUUAUUUUUUUUCGUCGCAGAUCCUCUCAUGAUGACGCUCAUGCUUGAGCCUGUGAUCCUACCAACUAGUGGUAAAAUUAUGGAUAGGGCAGUUAUCACGCGCCAUUUAUUAAACUCUGACACGGAUCCUUUUAAUCGACAACCACUUACAACUGACAUGCUACAGCCAGGUGGGUCACACAAUAACAAUGACCUAUAGUGACACCUAUUGCUCACUUAUUACAUACCUUUUGCAAACUAGUUGAUUAUUAUUAGUUGAAAUCAACGGGGUAAUUAAGUUUUAUCAACUGAGUUGAUAACGUCAAUUGGCCGCCGUAAAGAGUUUUAAAGCUGAAGUUUCGAGCGCUAGCCCUUCGUCAGAACGAAUGGAGCAAUUGUGGGUUGUGCCGGUGUGUGUUUACAUGCAGAAAAUGGAGCUACGCUAUUGGUGUAAACAUGGUAACGGGAAAACAAGAAUUCAAGAGAACAAGAGUUCGGCUUUCCGAACUGCCAAGCCUCAAAAUUCUAAAACAAAAAUUUAUCUUUCAAAUCGGUGCUCUUAAUCCCCACGGUUUCAACGAACGCUUUUCAUUCAACUAAUUUAUUCUAGUUUUCCCGUCACCAUAUUUACACCUCCAUUCGGUCUGACGAAGGGUUAACGCUCGAAACGUCAGCUUUAAAACUCUUUACGGCGGCCAAUUUACGUUAUCAACUCAGUUGAUAAUACUUAAUUACCCUGUUAUACUCUUCAUCUGACGCAGCACCACAGUUUCUUUGGAACUUAACCCUUUUAUUAUUUUAAAUUAAUUGGGUGAUCUUCAGUACUGAGGAUGAGAAAAAAAUACGAAAAGAGCGGCAGUCUUUCUUUUUUUUCUUGACAACCGACUCUAUGAAACGCAUCCGUUCAAUAGACGAUACAUGAACAAGAAAUAUACUGUAUCCGAAGGCCUGCAUAACCACCACAGUGCGGAAUAAAAACCGUGCAUUAUGUAUCUAAUACCUAAACAUAAUCACUGAAUUUCCUGUAACGAAUAUUUCUAUCCCAUUGUUAGCGACUGAACUCAGGAUACAGAUAGAGGAGUGGCUACAAAACCGCCAAAGAGAGGAUUAAUCAUGAGAGCAAACAGUGACCUCUACCAAUUUGCUUUUCCACGUUAACAAAGCGUGGAGGAUCUCUUUGCUCAUCAAGCAAGGAAAAGUGCUUCAUUGAUUAUGCUCACGGGUGUUAUUUUUUUCUUUUUGCCAUGUUUUGGGAAAUAAAGGUCGAUCAUCUUCCUCAGUUUACUUUGAUCCUUUGUAAUCAAAAUAAGAGCUUUUUUUAGUUACAGUGGAUCUCAAAAGACUAACUGACUCAGUCAAGUACACCGAUAAUUCCUUUUGAAAUACGUGUCA